CGCGAGCGGCGCGGGGCCGAGGGCAGCCGAGGGGCGGAAGCGGUCGCGACUCCCCGCGCGUGUGCUCGGGCUCCUCACGCGGCGGCCGGGGCCGCCUCCUGCCUCCCGCCCUCCGAGAGCGGCCGCGCCGUCGCCUUCCGCGCCGCGCGGCUUCCUCCGGACCUCGGCGCGGGUGAGCCCUGUUUCUAGAGAUAGCUGGUGCUGACCCUGUAACUCCAAGGACGUAAUAGCUGGCUAAUCUCAUUCCUGGUACUGGUGGACACCAUGUCCUUGAAGAUUCAGACCAGCAAUGUAACCAACAAGAAUGACCCCAAGUCCAUCAACUCUCGGGUCUUCAUUGGAAACCUAAAUACAGCUGUGGUAAAAAAGUCAGAUGUGGAGACCAUCUUUUCCAAGUAUGGCCGUGUGGCUGGCUGUUCUGUGCACAAAGGCUAUGCCUUUGUCCAGUACGCCAAUGAGCGCCAUGCCCGUGCAGCUGUGCUAGGAGAGAAUGGGCGCGUGCUGGCAGGACAGACCCUGGACAUCAACAUGGCUGGAGAGCCCAAGCCUAAUAGACCCAAGGGGCUAAAGAGAGCAGCAACUGCCAUAUACAGUGGCUACAGCUUUGACUAUGAUUACUACCAAGACUACUUCUGUGCCAGGCUCUUUGAUUAUCGUGGCCGCCUUUCUCCAGUGCCUGUGCCCAGGGCUGUUCCAGUGAAGCGACCUCGUGUCACAGUCCCUUUGGUUCGCCGUGUCAAAACUACAAUACCUGUCAAGCUCUUUGCCCGCUCCACAGCCAUCACUACUGGCUCAGCCAAAAUCAAGUUAAAGAGCAGUGAGCUACAGACCAUCAAAACAGAGCUGACACAGAUCAAGUCCAACAUCGAUGCCCUGUUGGGUCGCUUGGAACAGAUCGCAGAGGAACAAAAGGCCAACCCAGAUGGCAAGAAGAAGGGUGACAGCAGCAGUGCUGGAGGAGGGGGCGGCAGUGGCGGCAGUGGCAGUGUUGGUGGCGGCAGCAGUGGCGGUGGCAGUGGGAGUUGCAGCAGUAGCCGGCCACCGGCCCCCCAAGAAGACACAGCUUCUGAGGCAGGCACACCCCAAGGAGAAGUACAAACUCGAGAUGAUGGUGAUGAGGAGGGACUGCUAACACAUAGUGAGGAGGAGCUGGAGCACAGCCAGGACACAGAUGCAGAAGAUGGAGCCUUGCAAUAAACAGCUUGACAGGAACGAUGGCCACCAGCAGAAAGGCAUCACUGUCUCAGGCCUCAAGCCAGGCACCCAUCUCUGGAUGCCAGUCUGUAGUGGGUACCAGAAGAAAGCUGGCAGCUGGCACUUCUCUCCCCAUGCAUCCCAGCCAGUGAGUGCUACAUCCUUUGCAAGUGGAGUUACUGGCCUACCCUUACCCCAUGCACUCUUCCUGUCUGCACUGCCUGGGCCAAGGGGCAGAAUACACUCUGCCCUUCUUCCCCAGGACAUUCCCAGGCUUGGGUUUUUCUAUAGGUUUGAAAGUAAGGGGGGUUGGGGCGGGCGGGGGGGGGAACCCGACAAUAAAGAGAUUGGA